AUGGGCCUGGACAAGGUUAGGCACAUUGUGCUGGUUCUAUCAGGCAAGGGCGGGGUGGGCAAAUCAUCCGUGACCACGCAGUUGGCGCUCUCGUUAUCCCAGGCCGGCCAUUCCGUGGGCAUUCUCGAUGUUGAUCUCACGGGGCCUUCUAUCCCUCGGAUGCUGUCCAUCGAGGACUCAAAGGUCACGCAAGUCCCGGGCGGCUGGGCGCCCGUCUCGGUCCAUCCAGGGGACGCCGGCGCCGGCGUCGGGAGCCUGCACGCCAUGAGCUUGGGCUUCCUGCUUCCAAAACGAGGCGAUGCCGUUGUUUGGAGAGGCCCCAAGAAGACGGCCAUGAUUCGGCAGUUUAUUCGCGAUGUUCUCUGGCACGAUACCGAGUAUUUGCUCAUCGAUACGCCACCGGGAACCAGCGACGAGCACAUCUCGCUUGCCGAAACGCUGCAAAGUGAGGCUCUUCCCGCGCAGGUUGCAGGUGCCGUCGUCGUGACCACGCCUCAAGCAGUCGCCACGUCCGAUGUCCGCAAAGAGCUCAACUUUUGCUUCAAAACGGGCAUCCGCGUCCUGGGUGUGGUUGAAAAUAUGAGUGGUUACGUCUGCCCUCACUGCUCGGAGUGCACCGACAUCUUUGGCUCUGGGGGCGGUCGCAGCAUGGCAGACGAGUUCAACGUUCCGUUCCUGGGCACGGUGCCCAUGGAUGCGCAAUUUAUUUCUUUGCUUGAGGAAGGUCGGCAACCACAAUAUCCAGUCGGCACACGCAUCAACGGACGCGACAUAUCCUCGCCUACUCCGCACGGAGGCGACGGCAGUGACGUCAACAGCGGCCGCAACCUGGUUGAUAAGUACAAGCACUGCUCGCUCUCGCACGUGUUUCAAGACAUUGCGACAAUGCUUACGGCGAAAAUCGCAAGCCAGGCUUGA